UUCCCCCACGCAGGGCAGCCCCGGGGGGCAGAGCGGAGCAGGCGUGGGCAUAAUGUCCAGCCGCACCUACAUGAGGAUGUGGCUUGAGUCCCAGGCUGCCCUGAAGGAGCUGCUGGCUCAGGAGCUGCCAUCUCAGCCCCCGCGGCCUGAGAAGGACCAGAGGCUGUUUUUCCACUUGCUGGCCACCUUGUUCCUGCGCUACACACAGAUCCUGCGCUGCCUGGAGACAUGCUACGACCAGAUGGUGCAUCCGCAGAAACGCCGGGUGCUACAGCACAUGCUCGAUGGGGUGAUGGGCCGGGUGCUGGAGCUCAAGAAUGAGAUGGUGGAGACUGAGCUCUCAGAGUAUCACUACAUGGACGAUGUGCUGCAGGACCUCAAGCUCACCCCAGCUGACAUGGAGGUGCCCAUCCCCAGGUACUUUGUGAACCAGAGAGCCAAGGCUCUGAAGGAGCGUCAGCAGGUGCUGUCUGAGAUCCUGGCCCGGGUGGAGCCUAGCAUGCCCAGUGGGCCGUCCCGGCCUGCCAUGCUGCGUGACGAGGCUGUGCAGCUGGUGCAGAUGGCGGAGCGGAUGCGCCAGGGCCGCCUUCGUUCCAAGUUCAUGUGGGAGAUCCGGCGGGACGAGGAGCGAGAGAGGCGGGCCCGGGAGAGUGGGGCCAAGGAGCUUGACCGUGAGCAGGCUGCUCUCUGCAUCCAGAAGGUCUGGAAAGGCUGCCUGCAACGCAGAUGCACCAAGCUGGAGAGACAGCGGGAGAUGGCCUUUAUUGGGAUGGCCCCAGACCCCAAGGCUUUGGGCCUGUCAGCCGCCAUGCUGCGGGCCCAGCUCGGGGAGGAGUUCCGGCACCUGCGGCAGGCUGACUAUGAAGCCGAGUACCAACAGGCCAUGGUGAGCAUCCGGGAAGGGCUCUACGAGGUGGAGGGACCUGACAUGAGGGAGGAGAUGAAGGAGCAGCUCCGGCAGUGGUUCAUUGAGUGCCACGACCUGACCGGCCGCUUCCCCGAAUUCCCUGACGAGGAGAUUGGAGGCUCCAGCAUCCUUUUUGCAGAAAAGACUCCAGAGCAGGUCAAAGCUGAGCUGGACCUCCUGGAAGCUGAGGGACAGAGGAAGAAGGAUAAGAAAAAGGAUAAAGAGAAGACCAAGGAAGGGAAGCAGAAGAAAGGCAAGGACAAGAAGCAGGAAGAAGAUGAAGGUUUGAAACUGGCUCUGUCCAAAUUCCUGCCAGUGAUCAGCGAGGGCUUCACACAGUAUCAGACCAUCUGGGGGAAUCGGGAUGAAUCCGAUAACUUCGAGCAGCGCUAUGAGCCAGAGUUGAUCAAAGCCCAGAAGAGGAAGGAGGUGGAGAAGGAGCUGCGGCUGCAAGUGGAUGAGCUGAUGCGGGAGGAAUUGCAGCGACUGAAACUGGCUGUGGAUCGAGAGGAGGGGAAACCUCGCAAGGAAAAGAAGAGCAGCAAGCAGCAGAAGGGGAAGAAAGGAGGGAAAAAGGAGAAAGAUUUAACCCCGGACAGGACCCUGGACUCUCUGUAUGAGGAGCUGGUGCUGCAGGGAAUCCUCAAGCAGGCCCAGCGUGUCCAGCUGGCUGACUACACGGGCGAUUUCUGCUACCUGGGCACUACCCUGCGCAUGGCGGGCAUUGAACCCACGCCCUCGGUGAUGGACAUCAGGCAGAACAUCACCCUGUAUGCCAUCCUUCGCCUGGGGUCCCCCACACUGCACGAGAUGGCACCGCAGGUGAAGUCUGUCCUGCUUGCUGGGCCUGCUGGAACUGGGAAGAAGAUGCUGGUCCAUACUGUGUGCACCGAGACGGGCGCCAACCUCUUUGACCUGUCCCCAGACAACCUGGUGGGCAAGUACCCAGGGAAGGCCGGCCUCAGCAUGCUGAUGCAUGUGGUGUUCAAGGUGGCCAGGUUGAUGCAGCCAUCGGUGAUCUGGAUCGGGAACGCAGAGAAGACCUUUUACAAGAAGGUGCCAAAAGAGGAAAAGCAGGCUGACCCCAAGCGACUGAAGAGGGAUUUACCUAAAGCCCUGAAGCUGCUGAAGCCAGAGGACCGGGUGCUGCUAAUCGGCACGUCGGAUAAGCCCUAUGCAGCUGAUGUGAAGACACUGUGCAAAGCCUAUGAGCGGAUCCUCCUCCUCCCCCGGCCUGACUACGCAUCCCGCUACGUGACCUGGCAGCGCCUGAUCAAGAAGCAUGGUGGCACCAUCACCACUGCCCUGGACGUCAGUGCCCUGGCCAAGCUCUCGGACGGCUACAGCCAGGGGCACAUGGCGCGGGCCGUGCAGAUGGCGCUGACCGAGCGGCGCCUCCUGCAGAUGCCCAAGAAGCCGCUGCGGGCAGGCGAGUUCCUGCAGCUGCUGGCCAAGGCUGACCCCAUUUACAGUGAGGAAGAGAAGACACUGCAGGGGCUGACUCUGGCUCAUCUCUGCCAUCCCCCCAACCCGGGGUGUUCUCUGCGAUGCAGCAUCAGCUCUGCGCUGACUCCCCCACUCCUUUGCAGGACUGGUACAUGAAGACGCCACUGGGUAAGAAGCGACUCAAGGCAGCGCAGGAGAGAGCAGACAGGAAGGAGGGAAAGGGGAAGGACAAGAAAGGAAAAAAGGGGAAGAAAUAGUGCUGGCUGAGGGGCCCUGCACAUCCCUCCCCAGCCUUUAUGCUCUAGGGUCCUUGGGGCAGGGCAGCUCCAUAAAGUCAACUCAUUCUUCGUCCCGCCCGCCUGUGCAGAAAGAAGUCUGUGUGCAUGGAUGGGAGUGAGCAGGGGGAGUGCAAACGCGCAUGUGGGGCAAACCGGGGGAGAGGGGGGUGUCUGUGCAUGUGUGUCUGUGUGUGUGUGUGCUUGUGAGCCUGGGGCGUUGUGCAUGCAUGUGGGGUGUGUGUGUGCGCGCAUGUAGGGGCAUGGAUGCAUGUACCCUGGGAUACAUAGGAUGAGCAAGAGCGGUGCAUGUGGGGUGAGACAGAGCCAAGAACUACACCUGGAAUGGCAACCGGGAGCACGCUGGGGGUCUGCCCAGAUCCUGGCUGCAGGGGUAGCCCUGCCCAGCUCCAGUCUGAGGGGGCCCAUGGUCUGGGUCACUGCCCUCGUGCAGCCCUGAAACGGAACGAGCCCCCUGCCCCUGAGCCCAGGCAGCUCUGAGCUGUGCACACAGAUGCCUCUACUCCAGAGAAUGGGGGGCAGCCCCUCCCUCUAGGGUUCUGGGCCCCUCUGCUCAGCUCCCAUCCCUUGAACCCUGCAUGCAGCUCUGGGUCCCCAGUCCCUGAGAACGGGGUGUCUAGGGUGACCAGAUGUCCUGAUUUUUUACACUUGCUGUCUGGUCACCCUAGGGGUGUCCCCAUCCCUAUAGGGAGCUGGGGACAGACACACAUGCAGGGCCGCCCAGAGGGGGGGGCAAAGGGGGCAAUUUGCCCCGGGCCCCGGGCUCCGCAGGGGCCCCCAAGAGAACAGCGGAGGCUCCCGCCUCCGCC